AUGCUCAGUUGCGGAGUUUCCCAAACUGAAGAAAUAUCCCUGGACACCGAAGAGAAUGCAGAGGAAUCGGAAUUGGGAAGAAUCAUAGGAGGAACACCCGUUCCCAGUCAGAAAAAGUAUCCCUGGAUUGCAUGGAUGGGAGAAGCCGAAAACGUUUUCAACUGUGGAGGGGCCCUCAUCAACGAUCGAUACGUCCUCACCGCUUCCCACUGCGUCGCAUCAAACCCAUCACGAACCUACUACGUGAGUUUGGGAUCCAAGAAACUUUUUCAAUGGCCGGCAGGUGAAGCCAUGAAGGUUCGAGCGACGGCCAUCAUGCAUCCUGAGUACGACGAAAAAACAUUUGAGAACGACUUGGCCCUCCUGAAACUCCACGUUCCAGUGAACUUCACAACAUACCCAAACAUUCGUCCCAUAUGUCUCUCCUCCAAUGCCAAGCCGAAUCCAGGAACAAGCGUGACAAUCGCGGGUUGGGGCCUCACUUCCGCAAACGGGCUUCCAUCGGAUCAGUUAAUGGAAGCAACACUGAACGUGAUCAGGCAAGAGGUCUGCCAGAAAUAUUUUCCUAGUAAGAACAUCACGGACAACUACAUCUGUGCGCAGUCGAGUGGAAAAAACACGUGCCAAGGUGAUUCUGGAAGCUCUUUGAUGCAUCGAACUCCGGCUGGAUAUUACCAGAGCGUUGGCGUCACCUCCUUUGGGAAGGUCGAUUGCUUGCCUCAAUACGGCGGCGUCUUCGCGAGAACAACGAAUUACGUGGAGAAUUUCAUCAAGAUGAACACCGAGGAUGCCGAGUGGUGCCUUGCACCCAAUGGUGGCCUGCGCCCUCAUUCUUCUCGUUUUUUCCACAUUUUCUGCCUUUUUCUUUGCCUUCCCGUUCCGUCGUCUUGGAAAUGAA